AUGAGCAAGCCCUUUCCCUCCUGGCAGCCUGGACCCCGCACUCCUCCAGGUGGUCACUCUGAUUUACAGCCCGAUGAGCGGUGUCUGUGUCGCUCAGCCUGGCCCCAAGAACAGUCACCGCGAACAAUGAGCCAGACAAGGGACCCACCCAGCGAACGCCUGCUCGCCGGCCGCGCAAGCCCGCUAAGAGCGGGACGCUCCCGGCUUUGGGGCUCUCGGUGCCCCCACCCCUUCCCCUCUAAACCCCAAGAAAAGCUAGAAGAAAAUCAGAAAAGCGGGGCGGCGUGGCGGUCCAGCCAGCUGCCCACCCGGAUCCAACUCGCCCAGCUUGGGGGCUUGGCACUCACUUGCGGCCGAGUCCGCGGCAUUUUGAAAUCCCGGAGGAUUUUGGGUGGGGGCAAGAGGUGGGGCCAGGAGCCACAAAGUGGCUUCCGCUCCCUCUCCCGACCCCCACCCCCCGGCCUGGCAGAGCUCUGGGAUCGGGCAACACACAAAAGACGGGUCGUAUCGGUGCCAGCAACUCUGCCGCCGCCUCGGGCCGUGCUGCGCACCGGAACCGGGCGGCGGGCCUCGGGGUCGUGUCUCUGCGCCGGCCCGGGCGCGCCCGGAGGUUGGAACCUCCUGGACGCCGCCGGAGCUUCCCCCGUGCGCUUUUCGUGCAGAACCCGGUCCGCCGCUCCUCGCUCCUCAGAUAAAGAGGCGGAGGCGACGGAGAAGAAAUGGAGAGAAAAGGCAAGACUUACUUGGCGACCAAAGGCUCAGCCGGACUCCAGUUCGGACUCGGCAGGUGUCUGUCAGCGCGGGCCCUGGCGGAAGGAGCGGGCGCAGCGCGGAGCAGGGACUCCACUUAGCGAGCACUGGAAACUCCCCUCGCCGCCCGGCCCCCGCGCGGCGCUCCUUGCUGUCACCGCUCCGAGAGACGCAGGCACGCUCCCCGCUGCCUCCUCGUCCCGGAACUCCUUCACAGUCGGUGAAAGGCAUCUCCUGCUAAACCAACUCCUGGCUGAGCCCACCUACAAGCCAAUUUGUGUUCCUCAGGGACCCAGCAGUGAGCAAUGUCAGUUCCUGUGGCAGGUGGAAUAAUGGCCCCCACAGACAUCUACAUUCUAAUCCCCUAGAACUUCUGUUACUUUAUAUGGAGGAAAAUAGAUUUUGCGGAUGUGAUGGAAUUAAGAAUCCUGAGAUGGGGAGAUUAUCCUGCAUUAUCAGGGUGGGCCUUAAGUGCAAUCAUAGGUUCUUUUAAGUAGGAGGCAGAAGGAAAUUUGACACAUGGAAGAGGAAAAGGGAAUGUGACCACAGAGACAAAGACUGGAGUAAUGCAGUCACAAGCCAAUGAAUGCCAGCAGCCACCAGAAGCUGGAAGAGGCAAGGAAAGGAUUCUCUCCAAGAGCUUCUUGAGGAAGCACAGUCCUGCUUACAUAUUGAUUUCUGUCCGGUGAAAGUGAUUUGGGACUUUUGGUCUCUAGAACUAUACAGAAAUAAGUAUAUAUUUUUUUAAAUCACUAAGUUUGUGGUAAUUUGUUAUAGCAGCCAAAGGAAAUGAAAAUACAGUUCCCAAAUCUGGAAGAUGACUUUCAGUAUUUGGGGAUUGAAAUAAAAAGAUGUUUCAAAGAAUUGGUCAGUUUUCUCUUCUGUGGCCAAUG